AUGGCGCGUGGAGGCGGAUUGACGAAGAGAAACGCAUGGGGAAUGAGAAUCAUGCAGGAUGAAGAAUGGAUAGAGUGGGAGGAGGUCAAGGAGGACGUCAAGAAGGAGGUCAAGAAGGAGAUCAAGGAGGACGUCAAGGAGGACGUCAAGAAGGAGAUCAAGGAGGAGGUCAAGGAGCAGGUCAAGGAGCAGGUCAAGGUUAAAGAAUGA